GAUGGAUUUCCAGAGAUCCCCAUCGCUCUUUCGCUUCUCUUCCUUCAUCGUCUUCUUACUUUUACUCACUUUCAAGCCUAGUCAGGCCUCCAAUGCCAGCCAUAGUCUCAGCCGCGAAGACUUCCCAGAGGGAUUCGUGUUUGGGACAGCAAGGAGGAAGAGGACCCAGCAUUUGGGACGCAUUCGUCUGAAUUCCAAAUACAAUCGCUGGCAACGCUACUGCUGAUGUUACAGUUGAUGAGUACCAUCAUUAUAAGGAAGAUGUUGAUAUCAUGAAAGAUUUCAAUUUUGAUGCGUAUCGAUUCUCAAUUUCGUGGAGUAGAAUAUUUCCAAAUGGAACGGGUAAAGUCAAUUGGGAAGGUGUAGAUUAUUAUGAUAGGCUAAUUGAUUAUUUGAUACAACAAGGCAUUACUCCAUAUGUAAAUCUUUAUCACUACGAUCUUCCUUUGGCUCUUAAUGAGGAGUACUUGGGUUGGUUAAGCCCGAAGAUAGUGGAUGCAUUUGCGGACUAUGCUGAUUUUUGUUUUGAGAGAUUUGGUGACAGAGUCAAGAAUUGGUUCACCUUUAACGAGCCUAGGUGUAUAGCGGCUCUUGGGUAUGAUGAUGGUCUUCAUGCCCCAGGGAGAUGUACUGGUUGUGAAGCUGGGGGAAAUUCUACCAUUGAGCCUUAUAUUGCGGCACAUAAUCUUAUCCUAUCUCAUGCAGCUGCAGUGAAAAGAUAUCGUGAAAAAUAUCAAAAAGAACAAAAAGGCAUGAUUGGAAUCCUUUUGGAUUUUGUAUGGUAUGAACCUUAUACGUACUCAGUGCAAGACAAAGCCGCAGCUCAAAGAGCUAGGGAUUUCCACAUUGGAUGGUUCCUUCACCCUCUAACAUUUGGGCACUAUCCAGAAUCAAUGCAAACUAUUGUCAAAGAAAGACUCCCUAAAUUCACUGAAGAACAAGCGAAAAUGGUGAAUUAUGUUAUGAUUAUGUUUCAGAAGGCUGAUAUAUAUAAUGUGGACAGGUAGAGAAACAUGCGUGUUAACUCUAUAUUCCGCACUAAAAGAUUGA